UUUGUCUUUGUUGUCAUACAUAAAGCAGAGAUUAUUCUUCUGAAUUCAACCACAAUGAUCUCUCUUUACAUUGUGUGUUUAUGGGGAUCUUUGUUUCUAAGCAAUGUACCGUCAGUGCACCCUACUGCCAUACCGACUGCUGAACCGAAAUUCCCAAGAGCAGAGACUGGAUUAGAAACAGAUGCCGAUAAGCCUUUUACAUGUAUUAAGUGUAUACGUAUGGAACGAGAUUGCAGAGGUCCUUCGGUUAAAUGUCCUCUUGGAACGAACUUCUGUGUUAGUCAAAUAGUGCAAAAAUAUGACAGACGCUUUUACUGGUCUUCGUAUUUUGUGCACAAGUUUUGUGGGUUCGAUGUCUCGUCUUGUACUUCGCAAGCUAUUAUAAAUCAAAACGACGGCUUCAUUACCCGAACAAGCUGCUGUGAUUUUCCUGACUGUAAUUUACCUUUGGUUAAAAAUGGACUAAUGUGCUAUGACUGCUCUUCUCAUGGUUGUAAACAGACAAUACCAUGUCCUGAAGGAACAGUCUGCAUGACGGUUUUGAAAAAAGUUGGAAGCACCGUCAAAGUCUUAGACAAAAUUUGUGGAAAAAAGGAGCAGUGUGACCAAUCAUUUAGCCAACUCGUGCGGGGCAAGAAAGAAACAAAUUUUACUACUUGCUGUGACACAAAUUAUUGUAGUCCAGAGGAAAACAUUUAUAGAAAUGGAAUAAUGUGCCCAUUCUGCACUAAGGAAGGAUCCAUGGAGUGUACCCCGAUUGAUUAUGAGUGCAUGGGAACAGCAACCAAUUGUUAUACCUACACUGCUCCAGGGCCCAAAGGGAGAAUUACUCGUGGUUGCAGUUCAAAACAUAUUUGUGUGAACCCUAAGAAUUCACUUAAAACAUUUGAUGAUGGUGUUGGAAAGAUAGAAUGCACAGAAAAGUCUCUUGGGACCAGCCACUGAGAUAUUGGAGGUGAAAGCCAACCAGCAUUGCAAGCUUUACAAGAAUCCGGAGAACAGUUCGGGGAAAAGUAGUUGGUGGCGGCAAACAACUGAACAUUGAUGAUCAUGUAUCAACUUAAAAUGCAGGCGUGGGAGAGGGACUGUAAACUUAUUCGGGAAUGGAAGCAGCCAUAGUGGCAACUGGAGCAAUACAAAUAGCAAACUUUAAUGACAAUGGUUAUUGCAGAAGAAACACAAAGCUUGGAAACUCAAAGUGUGGCAGUAUUAGUGGCUGUAGGAAAACAAAUGCACUGAUUUAUGUAGGGCUUUAAUAAGGGAUUAAAAAAUACAUUCCAAGGCACAUUGCCAUUUAGUGCAAGGGAGUCCUGUGUUUAACAACUGCCAUAAACAGUCUGUGAAUAUAGGGAUACUUAUUGCUUUGUUUCCCCAGCACCCUGGUUCCCCAAGAUGUCCUUAUACUGACCAGUUCUCUUAAUUCUUAAUGUAGUGCUGCGUAAAGAGACAGGUGCAUCUGUACAAACUUUUUGCAAAUUUUUUUUUACAAAUUUGCACUACUGCCCAUUUUUUAAGUGAAUCUCAACAUCUCAAAAAGUAUUUAUAGCAUUAAUCCAAGCUGUAGUUCCUGUGAAAGAUAAAUAGUGGAAAACACUCAAGCUUGGUGGUAGCUAUUAAAAAUCUGGCAAUUAAGGUAACAAAAAUGGUCGUGGCGAAUGGUAACCAUUCAAAUGUUUGCGAUUUCUCUCUACACGGUUUUAUAGAAAGAAGAUGCACAGCACUCAGCUAUUCUCACUUUUCUUUUGGUAAUUUAAAUGGUGGCAAUAAAAGCAACCCAAAUUUUGUUGGUAGAAAUUAAUCAAAAACAAUUAAGAUAUAUACGGUUUCAAAGUUUGUUAGUGGUAAGAAGGGUACCAUAACUAACUUUUAAAUAACAUGCCUGGGAGACAUCUACACUUGCUUUUUUUCUCCUACGGAAAAGAGUGAGUGAAUAUAACAUGUUGUGGGAUAUGUGUCAUGGUAUUAUUUCAGCAACAGCUUUCUGGUGCACAAUAAUUAUGUUGUUUUUCAGCAGAUUGUUUAAUCUGUUCUAUUUGUUGACGCCAUAACUUAGCAAAUGCCUGUGUAAUUUUAUCUGCUCAUUUAUUAAUAAAAGCUUUUCUUAUAUAGA